AUGGAUGGCAUUCGAAAUGACUGUGGUCCUAUUCGUCUAUCGUCAACUAUGCAGAGAGUCACGCGAGCACAGGCCAACGCUGGCCGAGUAGCAUGUACAGUCUGCCAUCACAGGAAGGUCAAAUGUGAUGCUCACGAUGGGGGCUUUCCGUGUACCAACUGCCAAAAGUCUGACCGCCCUAGAGACUGCCAUCUCUACCUGAAGCGGAAACGGACAUCCAGGGCGAGCAAGACUCGGGAAGAGAGCACACAGCAGCCCUUCUCAACACCGGGGCCAAUAUUUCUGCCUACUCCGGCGAGGGAUGUUCCAAAACCAACACAGUCUGAGAUAGAUAUAGAGUCUAUCCUUGCUGGUAGCGAUGCUGCUAGCGCAACUACCUCCCUUCUCGCCCAAGCCACACCGAGGCACCUCGAUGAAGUGCCAGUGUCCACAAUCCCGAGUUAUCAGAAUGCAAUCGAGGUCGGGAAUCGGGCUCAAGAGGAUGAUUCAGGGGUAAAUGGAGUCCACGCUGAUCCUUCGGUGGACGGAGAGUACAAGAGAUACCUUGUCGAAUUCAUCGACCAGCCUCAGAUCACAGAGCGGCCCAUCGACAAAGAUGCAAGGAUCAUGUAUGUGGGAAGUGAGGUCUCGAACGUCAAUUUCCUUCUCCGGCAACAGCUUGGAAACAAGACAUCCGGAGUAUGCCACUAUCCCACAAAUCGCAUUGCUCGACAGCUCACCUGUCACGAGCCGGACCGGUUGCCAGUUGAGGCCUUUCAGUUACCGCCAAAGAAAGUGGUCGACGAGCUUCUUGCGGCUUACUUUGAGCAAAUCAACCCUGGCUUCCCAGUAGUCGACGAAACGCUCUUCAUGGCACACUAUCAUGCCAAGGACCCGCAGAACGCACCUUCUUUGUUACUUCUUCACGCGAUCAUGCUUGCCGGCGCUCAUGUCCUGUACGAACAGCCCCAGAGGGAUACUUACAAGGCCCUGUUCUUUCGACGUGCAAAGAUCCUAUUCGACGCCCGUUUCGAACGCAAUCGCGAUGUGAUCGUCCAAGCAGCUCUGCUGCUCACCUGGCACGCAGAUGGACCAGAAGACGUAGGAGCGAACGCCUGGCACUGGAUCGGCGUGGCCACCCGUCAUGCAACCGGGCUGGGCAUGCAUCGUGAUGCGGAAAAGAGCACUCUGGUGGCCCAUAACAAGAGGAUGUGGCGGCGUGUAUGGUGGCUGUUAUUUCAGUGUGACGUCCUCGUCUCCCUGCAAUACGGCCGCCCACAAUCCAUCCAUCUCGACGACACGGAUGUCAAGAUGCUUGAACCAGGCGACUUCCACGGAUGUGGUGCAAAAACCCGAGUUGAUCAUGUGAUACACACGGCAGAACUGUGCGUGAUCAUUUCCAAGAUUCUGCGGCGGCAGUCCCGGCCAGGAACAUCACCCGAGGUUCGUCUCGCCUCCAUGAGGAAAGCGGACGAGUCACUCGCCAAUUGGUCCAUCCAACUUCCGCAGCCCUUGCAACUUAACAUCGGACCAAAUCUCGAUCCAUGGACUGCACUUGUCCAACUUCAGUACAAUACCGUUCUGCUCUUGUUACAUCGGCAACAGCCCUACCCUGAAGCUGACGAUGAUGUGCGCCCUGACGACGUUGACAUUUGCACGAAUGCUGCAGUAGCGAUACAACAGAUAUUCCAGUACCUUAACGAGAGGGAGCAAAUCAAAUAUCUCUGGACGUCGGCAAUCAACUUCCUCUUCACGGCCUUGAUCCAGCUCAGCGUAGAGGUUCGGAUAGCUAAUCCGGUCUUGGCCAUAUCAGCCAUCCGGAGAUACGAUUCAGCCCUGUCAUCUCUCAGAAGGGUUGCAGAGUAUUGGCCAAAUGCACAGUCUGUCAUCGAGUUCUUUGAGAACUCGGUGCGCCUGCAAGGGGUGAAUGAGGCCCAGACAACCCAAGAACCGUCCGCAGAAGAUGCUACAACGGCUCAUGACAUAGGUCAAGAGCUACAUGCUGGAGAGGUAGAGCAACCCGAAAACUUCAAUAUUGCUCUCCAGUCCCUCGAGUCGGGCACUGAUCCAUAUGGUUUGGAUCUAGCCCAAUUGUUCACUAAUAUCAUGUCAGGACGCCAAUAUCCCCAGUCAGACGAGGCUGUUGGUAAUCCUUGGAGUGAAUGGCAGAGGAUUUACUGGCAGAGGCCUGGGUGUCCCGAUGAUCUUCUAUUCACUUUUUAA